GAGUAACUGCCAUUCAAUACAAAGCUUCUUGUCACAUUUUGUGUCCUUCCUGCUCAAGCUCCUGCUGCGUGUCUAGAUCAACUAAGACGAUACGGUGCAGUCCGGCCAUCAAAUCGACAUGGCCUCCAAACGAGCAUUCAGCACAGUGUCCCGCAGCCUCGAACGCAUCUCGACGUCUAGCGCAGCUACCUCCACUACCGCAAUCGCAGCACGUUCCGUGCACCGCAUACUUCCAGCAUCUAGUGUCAGGCUGUGCUCGAAACCCCCGUUUCCGUCGUCAAUGCCCCUGCGCCAACCAAAGCGGCAUUUUACCACGACACUCGUCCCGCGCAGAGACGACCCCAGUUCUGCCCCCGGCGAAUCUAAAGUCUACAACUACGCCGACAUUCAGGGUUUUGCAGACAAACCUAGCCCGAACCGCAUACUGAUUGACGUGCGGGAGCCGGGAGAGUUACAAAACACGGGUAAAAUACCGGGGAGUCAUAAUUUGCCUGUCAAGACGGCGUCGGACGCGUUCUUCUUGUCGCCGGAUGAGUUUGAGGAUCGGCUUGGGUGGCAGAAACCCGGGGACGGGGAUGAGGUGAUAUUUUAUUGUAAGGCUGGGGUGAGGAGUCGGGCGGCGGCACAAUUGGCGCAGCGGGCCGGGUUCGGUGGGAAGGUUGGAGAGUAUCCUGGGAGUUGGGAUGAUUGGGCGGGCAAGGGUGGGAAGGUCGAGAGGGAGAAAUAGUGUCUCAUUGUUGAUGGCAGACAAGGCUCGACAGUGUAGCCUGGUAUGUAUGUAUACUCACGGCUUUCAUGCUACAAUGUGUCCACUCGUUCUCUAUUGAUCGCUCGAUCUCCUAGGCAGACAAGAGCAGCGAGAACGAUUAUGGAGCCAAUGCCAGUGAAAGAACACUGAUCGUCCGUUCGGAAGGUUGUCAGAACAGGGAGGAGCUCUAUU